AUGUUUUCCAAAGAGAUUGCUAGAUUGGGUUUCCUUGCCGGAAUUGCAAUGUAUGUAAGGCAAAUGGGAGGUGGAAACAUAUCGGAGGAUAAGGUUGUCUUUGCAGCCUCCGAAAAUCUCUCACGCAAAACUUUUUCCCUUUUGGAAGGAAGCGAGUUCAAAUUUGCGGCUGCGCACAAUUGCAGUUUGGCCCUCCGGAGGGGGUUUUACUUUUCCCUUCGAAUGCCCGACUGGGCCAAGGACUUUAAGCAGCAGACCCAGAAGAUCCUGGCUCUUAAUUUCGAGCUACCAAAAGUAAAUUUGAGAAGCAGCAAAGAUAAAAAGCUCGCGAGUUACUACGGAGAUAAUCGUGAGGAGCGUUACGGAUCAAUCUUUUCAGAGAGUUCUGGUGGCCGUUUCUUUGAACACAUCCCAAAAGAAGUCUCCGAACCGUCAAAAUACAGGCGAUCACCCAAGAUCAAGGACGAUUUGACUUGCGGCAAACGAGUUACACCCUAG